CAGCCUGCAGGCACAAAGUUUGUCAAAAAAAAAAAGUUCUCUAAGCGAAGCAAAUUUUACAGCAAUGAUGAGCUUGAAUUAGACAAAUAGCACACUUAUGAUAACUUCAACAAAAACACAGAAACCUCUGUUUUUUAUGAAGGAAAAAAAACUAUUGCUUGUUUAUGGUUUCCCUAAAUUUGUCAAAUGCAUGCAUACAUGCAUUUCCCCACGAGCUUGUCCAUUCAUGCAUGCACGUGGCAUAUAACACCCUAAUCUCCCGCGACUUCUCCUUGCCUCAAAUCCUAGACCCCAUAUUAAUUCUUCUUCCUCUCAUUGCGUUUGCAUCUCCGACGUUCUCUCCUCUCCAUCUCCUUUGAGUCACCAUGGGCUGCGGUGGCUCCAAAGAAGCUGUGGUCAAAGGCAAUUCCGGCAGCGGCAGGUGCAAUCGCUUCCGGAGGAAAUCCAGCGUCGUCGCCGACGCCACCCAGCCGUCCCGUGUGCCUCCGCCAUCUGAUAAUGGCUCUGCCGUGGUUGCGAAAGCCAAUGACGAGGUGGUCGCUGAUGCGAAGAACAAGGCAACUACAUCAACACAGAAGGCCAUUGAGGAGAAGAAACAGGAGGGGAUCAACAGCAAGCCUGAUCAGGUCGUCAGGGACAACAGAGAAGCAUUCACUGUGAAGGAGGCCAAUGCGAUAGCAACAGCGAACGCCAUCCCGGAGAAGAAAGAGGUUGAGAUCAAGAAGGAUGAAGCAAUUAUCAAGGAUGCUAAAGAAGCGAUCACAAUUGAGAAGGGCAAAGAAGCAUCGACCGAGAAGGCCACCAAGGAUAAGGAACAGGACAAGAAAGAUGAGGUUCUCAAGGACAAAAUGGUGGCCAAUCAGAAGGCCGAUGUGGCAUCAACCGAGAAUGUCAUCACUGAAGAGAAAAAAGAAGAUAUCAAGAAUGACGAUGUAGUCGAGAUAUCGACAGAGGGAGCCGUCAAGGACAAGAAAAAUGAGGGUGAAAACAAAGAGAUGUCAUCCGAAGAGAAUGAUGAUGCUGCACUGACUGAGGAUGUUGCAUCGACCCAGGAUGAUGUCGUGGAGAACAAGGAUGAUUUCAGCGUCACCUUCCCAGUUGCGACGCUGACAGAGGAGGAUGGCAGUGUCACCUUCAGAGUGCCAGAUGACGCCAUCACCAAGGAUGAUGACAAGGACGAUGAAAGUGUUACCUUUCCAUCACCCGCGGCAACCAAGGGCAGGAACAUGGUUACCAUGGUAACCGAGGAGGAUGGAAGUAUCACCUUUGCAGUACCAGUUGCUCCCGUGACCAAGGAUGAUGACAGUGUUUCCUUCGCAGCUGCCCCCGUGACCAAGGACAGCGACAUGCUUGCCAUGGUGAGCGAGGAGGGUGGCAGUGUCACCGUAGCAAAACCAGUAGCCCCUGUGACCAAGGAUAGUCACAGUGUUACCUUCACAGCUGCCCCCGCGACUAAGGACGAUGAUGGUGUUACCUUGGCAGAGGCCUCAACGACCAAGGACAAUGACAUUGUCACCUUAACAGUUGCCCCGGUUGAGGAGGUGGCAGAGCAACUUGAGCCUUCUGAGGACAACGGGGAGGUGAAAAAUGAGGCGGAGCUCCCAGAGCCUACUGUUUUUGAGGACAAGGAGUCCAUGACCGAAGUUGAUGGCACAACAGAAGGGAAGGAAGAGGGGGCGACAGAGCAAUCCAAACCUCCUGAAGAUAAUGAGGUGGUAAAAAAUGAGGUAGAGCUCCCAGACCCUACUGUUGUUGAGCAGGUGGUAACCGAAGUUGUCAAGGCACUGAAAGUGGAGGAGGGGAAGUUGGACACUGUUGGGGAGAUCAAGGUUGAGCAAGAUGAGGAGAGUGUCUCCAAAGUGCCCCAGGAGGAAAGUUCUAGUGCGGUUUCGAGAGACGAGGAUGAACUUCCAUUCGUCCCAUGUGCAGGGGAAUCAGAUGGGAAGCAACCCAUUGAUUCCAACGAGACCAUAACCAUAACCACUGAGGAAAAGGCAGAGGACUUGGCUGUUCCAGAGAAGGAGAACGAUGAUGAAAAGGCUCCUUCUCCAAGUGCAUCGACUUUGAACUGAAAAAUGAUGUACCAUGGCAGAUGACAUGUAUGCGUCAUUGAAUGUUCAAUGUGCUAUGUUCCUUUCAUAGUCACCAGAAUUGUGCAUGCAUAUGUGUUCUUACCUCUUACUGCUACAUGCUUACA